UCGGAGGACACCGCCAGAAAGUAAAACUGCAGAUAACGAGUGUGAUGGAUCUGCUGUUGGAUGUCCCGGACUUAUCUCUGGUGUUUGCAGCUACAUUAGGUGUGGUCCUUGUCUGUAAACUGAUUCACAGUUCCCUUCAGUAUACUCGCUGGAGGGAAGAUUAUGACCUGCUCCCUGGGAGCAGGGACACUCAUUGGUUCUGGGGUCACAUGCAUCUGUAUCCUGGACCCAAUGAAAAGGGCUUGGCUUUCCAGAGGCUCCGUACACAGCAGUAUCCGCUCUUCCAUAGAAUUUGGAUCAGUUUCUUUCGUUGUGUAUUAAUCUGCCAUCAUCCCAAAUCUGUCAAGUUCAUACUGAAGUCUUCAGAACCAAAAUCUACUGAAGUUGGUACGUCCUAUGUGUUGGGUAAGAGUUGGCUUGGAGAUGGACUCCUUCUGGCCAAUGGGAAACGGUGGGCGAGGAACCGCCGACUGCUCACACCUGCCUUCCACUUUGAUAUCUUACAGCCGUACAUGACCGUCUACAAUGAGAUCUCAGACGUUCUACAGUUAAAAGUGGAGGACUGUUGUAAGAAAGGCCAAUCGUUUGAACUGUUUAACUAUAUUGGUAUGGCUUCCUUGGAUAACAUACUUAGGUGUGCAUUUUCAUACAAGAGUGAUUGUCAGGUUCUAGGAGAUAGCCAUCCAUAUGUGAAGGCCGUGAAUAAACUCAGUGACCUCUGGGUUGCAAGGUCGCUGAACAUCUUUCAUUUCUCUGACUUUGUUUACUUCUUGUCUGGUAACGGCCGACAGUUCAAAAGGUACAGUGAUUACGUUCAUUCUGUAGCGGAGGAAAUUAUCAAGAAACGGCAGCAGACACUUGAAAUAGAGGGCCUACCAACUCAAACAAAUGGCCGCAAAUCCAGAUAUCUGGACUUCUUGGAUAUAUUGUUAACAGCAAAAGAUGAAAACAACAUCGGAAUGACACCGUUAGAAAUUCGUAAUGAAGUUGACACUUUUCUUUUUGAAGGACACGACACCACAACUAGUGCCAUGUGUUGGACACUGUACUCGCUGGCCCAGCAUCCCGAGUGGCAGCAAAAGAUACAGGCCGAGGUGGACAGUGUCCUGGAGGGACGAGACUCGGACAACAUAGAAUGGGGCGAUUUAGGAAAGUUGGAAAAGCUUACUUUGUGUAUAAAAGAAGGCCUGAGGUUACAUUCACCAGUGUCUUUUAUACAACGAACAACCACCCAGCCGUUUGAGGUGGAGGGAUAUCGCAUACCUGUGGGAACCUCCUUAGCCAUACAGAUAUACAACCUUCACCAUAACCCAGACGUGUGGGAUGAACCCAUGGAGUUCCGACCGGAACGCUUCCUUCCGGAGAACACCGCUGGCCGUGACUUUUAUGCAUUUGUGCCAUUCUCAGCAGGGCCUAGAAACUGCAUAGGUCAACAUUUUGCCAUGAAUGAACAAAAAGUCACUCUUGCUCGACUUCUAAGAAGGUUCACUUUUGAGCUUGACCCCGACCAUGCAGUAUCUAAGAAGAUCGGUAUUGUGAUGCGAUCUGAAAACGGAAUCAAAGUGUUUGCCAAGCCAAGGAAUUUGUGAUGUCAUCUUAAUUUGUCUUCAAAGUAUUUGUAUUAUCUUCAAAGUGAUUGCCACGCUAAGGAAUUAGUGAUUUUGUCUAAAAGAAGUUGUGAUAUUGUUUAUUACACUCAUGUACAAUAUCAUCCAAGUGUUUUCCAAGCCAAGAAUUGUUUGUUGUCAUCUGGAACACCAGUCCUUACCAACUAAAGAAGAUUGUGAUGUUUGGUGAGUUUUGUAAUCAAAAGGCUCACCAAACCAAGAAAGUUUUGACAUUUGACAAAAACAAGGAAGUUGUGAUUUCAACUUCAUCAUAAGAGAACAACGUUUAAGUAAAAAAAUCACCAGAAAAAUGAAGACAAUAUGUGCUAUAGUAUAAAUAGAUGUGCCAACUAUGAGACGGUCAGAUAGAACACUCACAAAUUAUACAGAUGAAAGGUUAAGUGAGGAUUUUUCAUGAUGAGCAGUUUGACCAUGUUUAAUUUCAAUUAAUCUCAAAGAUGAAUAAUUAUAGGAAAUAUAUACUGUAUUUGACCUUGAAAGGACAUUGUAGGGUUUAAUAUAAAAAUGACAUUAAGUCAUCAAAAUUUUAAAUCUCUUCAUCCCACUAUACUUAUAAAUAUAUUACUUAUGGAAUGACUGCAAUUUUAACCACAGUUUUUCCAACAAAUUGUGGCAUGGUAACUCUAAAUUUUACAAAAUUUGUUAAUUACAGGAAAGAAAAAUUAUAUGAUAAAAAAAAUCUUAAAUUCAAUCCUGUUGCAUUAAACUUUAUGAACUGAUUGAAGCUCCUCAAAUUAAAACAAAUCCCUAUACAGAUGUAUUUUUUCAAUAUAAUUAAUGGAUGAUAAUUGAAUGGUUAUGCCAAAAUGGUUCCAAAGGUAUUAUAAUGCCUGUGCAUUUACAGCUAAUAUAAAUUGUCCUUAAUCCAAAAGUAUGGGUAACAGACACGGUGUUGGUAUAAGUGUUGUCAUGGAACCACCGAUAUGGUAAAUAAAUAGGUGCCAUUUACCAUUGUGAUGUACCGGUAAUACCAAUAUUGUGGUAUUGAUGUAAACAAUCAACUGGAAAAUCAGUGCCAUAAAUAUGAUGUUUUUGUAAAUUUUACGUUUUGAAAAAUAUAAUGGAAUACCUGUAAAAGUUGUAUCUAUCAACUGAUGUACAUGCAAUCCCGGUGUGAUACUGUAGAGCAGGGUAUCUCCGCGGGGACAAUAUUUUUCAUGAUUUUGCGGGUCAGUAACGUGGUCGUGAAAAUGUGAUCCACUGAAUGAGCCACGAUAAUAAACAUACAUGUAACAGUUAAUUUGUCCUGAGCAAAUGAGGUUGUGACAGUUCACAAACAUAAACGGUAAUGUUGUUUGAGAAUAGGUUAUAUCACACAUCUAAUGGUUUUCUUGAUGAUUUGUUUAGCAAAAUACACUUACAUAAUGUUACUCGAUCAAUAUGCUGUCAUAAAGCCUAUUCAUUUGAUUAUUUGACACUUCAUAUGCCGAAUGUUUGUCUCUGUGCUAAAGCGUCGCAAAACUUUAGCUCCUUCACAUGUCAAGAUCGUAAAAUUUUAAUCCAUGUAAAUUUAAUUUUCUAAUUUUGGGUCAAACUUGCAAAAAUUAUUGCCCACGUAAAUAUUGUGUUAUACUGUAGGCUGUAACAGAGGCAUUCAGUGGGUGGUCAGAUGGCCCAGUAGACAGAAGAGCUGCCUUUCACCGAAAUGACUUUGGUUUGAUUCCCUGAUUAUAUUAGAUAUCAAAGGAAUGGGGUCACCUGCCUGACCAUUUCGGUUUUCAUCCGGCAAACAAGAUCUAGAGUGAUUAAUGUAAGUUGAUAAAAUUUAAGCUUGUUUCAUAACUAUUGUGAAGCAAGUACAAAUUUAUUUAAUUUGAUGAACAUCCGAGGUUUCCAUGAAGCUAUAUACUUCUAUUUGGAUUCGUAACAGCAUUAUCACUCUACGAAGUUAACUUUCGUCCCGUUAAACUUUCGCCAACUUUCACCCCGUUUAACUUUCGCCAACUUUCACCCCGUUAAACUUUCGCCCCGUUAAACUUUCGCCCUUCACUGGCAGAGUCCUUGUUCGCCCUACACCGCAAGCAGUAGAAAUUCCCCAUUACUAAAAAUAGUGACAAAACAUGUGCCAUAUACUUAAAAAAAACCAAAAAAACACUAUCGUGUUAAAUUUGCCUUCAGAUCGGAAGGUGAUAACAAAUGCAGUGAGAUUAGGAUGUGUUCUUGUGUUCUAGUUCAUAUUACAGGUAGUAUUAUGUGUAUAAUAAUAACCAAAGAACAAUGUAUACAUUAUCAAACUUAUAUAAAUUGUGAUUUAUUUAUCUAUCUUUGUAAUUUUUUAGAAAUUGAAUAUUAGUUUUAUACAAUGUAUAAACCAUUUAUAUCUAUAUGAAUUGAUAUUUUUUGUCAAUUGGAGCCCUGGAAAGAAAUUGUUUGAUAAAAUAAUAGGAUUAAAUUGGCCCUUGGUGUCAAAAUUAUUAUGAUGUUAAUUUCAUUAAAAAUCUGCAAUCACAUAACCAGUCGAAAUUCCUGAUUUUCUGAUAUUUGACAACUGAAAUUGGUCAGUUAUCGGUACACCAGUUGUAAUUACAGGCAAAAAUUCUAAAAUCGUUUUUGGAAAAUAUAAAUGUAUAGUGAUAUUAUUAAUAUGUUUGCAAAUGACUUUUGCUUGAUUUGAGUUUUACAAUACUGGUGAAUUUGUCAUGCUGGUAUUCUGGAUUUCAUUUUGUAGCCUAUUUUUUCUCUGAUGAGCCCAAGCUUAAUUUUUGACAAUGUUUUAAGGUAGGUUACAAAGUACUGGCCUUUGUUUGGAUUUAGCUUUGUCCUAUCUUACAAUCCCCACUUCACUGCCAAAACAUAACGAUGCAUUUGAAACUGUUUAAAUUGUUUCGGAAUAGAAAACCUUACCUUGUUGACCUACGAAGCUUUGAUCUCGAUUUGACCUUGACCUUUGAUCUCAGAUUGUUAAACUAUCCCUUUAACCGAUUGAGCUAAUUGGUCGCAAUGGAAGAGUACUGGCCCAACUGUGCUACAUUUAUCCAAAACAAACUAUACAGGGAAGUUUUUGUAGAUACGAAAAACUACAGUACAGGAGGACAAGGACCCUUAAGGAGAGGUUACUGUUUAAAGGUAAAACUACAGUACAGUGGUACAGGGACCCUUAAUGGGAGGUUACUUUUUAUAGGUAAAACUACAGUACAGUGGGACAAGGACCCUUAAUGGGAGGUUACUGUUUAUAGGUAACACUACAGUACAGUUGGACAAGGACCCUUAAGGGGAGGUUACUGUGUAUAGGUAAAACUACUGUACAGUGAGACAAGGACCCUUAAUGGGAGGUUACUGUUUAUAGGUAAAACUACAGUACAGUGGGACAAUGACCCUUAAUGGGAAGUUACUGUUUAUAGGUAAAACUACAGUACAAUGGGACAAUGACCCUUAAGGGGAGGUUACUUUUUAUAGGUAAAACUACAGUACAGUGGGACAAGGACCCUUAAGGGGAGGUUA